GAUGAUUUGGUUUCUAGAUCAUUUUUUCAACAUUCCAACUCUGAUGAGAAUUUAUUUCUGAUGCACGAUCUUAUGCAUGAUUUAGCCACAUUCUAUGGAGGAAAGUUCUUUUUUCGAACUCAAGAAUGCAGCCAAGCAUGAUACCAAAACUCGUCAUUUGUCAUGUGCUCGCAACGAUGAUGAUUCGGUUCUGAAGAUCGUGGAAGCAUGUGGUAGGUUAAAACAUGCAAGAACAUUGUUGCAAAUCAAUUUGAAUAGACAUGGUAAAUUUUCAAAGGGAAUAACCAGUCCUUGUCCCUUACUAGAACAAUUGAAGUGCUUACGAGUUUUGUCAUUUCAUUUCUCUUCUGGUGAGGAACGCUUGUUGCAUGAUUCAAUUGGCGAGUUGAUUCAUUUGCGUUAUUUAGAUCUCUCUGAAACACCUGUCAUGACAUUGCCCAAGUCAUUGAGUAACUUGUAUAAUUUACAAACGUUGAAGUUGAGAUUCUGUGAAAAACUUAAAAAGCUUCCCUCCAACAUACAAGAUCUUGUGAAUUUGCGUCAUCUUGAUAUCUACGGCACUUAUUUGGAAGAGAUGCCAAAGAAGAUGAGCAAAUUAAAAGAUUUGCAAUUUUUAAGUUGCUACGUCGUGGGCAAGCAUGAAGAGAACAGGAUUGGAGAACUGGGAGAGCUUCUGAAUCUUCAUGGGUCAUUUCAUGUUAAGAAACUAGAGAAUGUAAUCAACAAUGGUGAAGCACGGGAGGCAAGGAUGGUUGAUAAGAAAUACAUCAGUGUUUUGUGUUUGGAGUGGUCAUCAGGUGAAGAUGUUGAUUCCCAAACUGAAAAAGAUGUACUUGACCAAUUACAUCGUCACAAAAACUUGAAAGUGCUAAGAGUCAUUGGUUACUGGGGUACAAUGUUUCCAGAUUGGGUAGGGCAGUCUUCGUACCACAACAUGACUAAAUUGGAGCUGUGCGGAUGCAGGAAUUGUUGGGUGCUUCCUUCACUUGGACAGUUACCCUCUCUCAUGGAAUUGGAGCUUGGAGGAUUUGAUAUGGUGAAGAUGAUUGGUGGUGAAUUCUGUAAAGGUGAUGGAACUGAUCAUCAUCAGGAGACACCCUUCCCAUCCCUUAAAUAUCUCUCAUUUUCUUCAAUGCCUUGUUGGGAGGAAUGGGAGUCAUAUGAAUGUGAUGAUGAUGAUGCUGCACCAUUUCCUCAACUUGAGAUGCUUGUUAUAUAUCUCAAACUGCUCAUCAGUCAUAUCAUUUUCAGGGAAUUCUUUGCCCCCUUCAUUGCGAUGGUUAUCUAUCAAGAAUUGCAAGAACUUAGAAUUCCCAAUGCAACACCAACAAUAUUUCUCACUUGAGUACCUGCACAUAGACAACAGCUGUGAUUCACUUACAUCCUUUGCAUUACU